CCCUGACGGUUUGAAGACUACAGCUGUGUAGUCUUUUAGUGUUUGAUAAGUUAAAGUUGAUUUCACACAUGUAACAAUCUCUCCGACGUGUCCUAUCACGGACGUUUGUAGUUUAUUGAGUCAACAGAGCCUACGUGUCAACACAGCAAUUUUGUCCUGCCAGUGCGUAACUAUUCCAUGUGGUGAAGAGGGUCCAAUAACGACGUUUACGCGCAGGCUUUUCAGGUGGACGGGGAACGUAUUGCUCCUGAAACGCUGGUUGAAUGCAAUGCAGGACCGCGAACCACCGCUUUUUUCGUUUGGAAUAAUAGCAGAUGUUCAAUAUGCGGACAUUGACGACGGGUCAAACUUUAAAAAGACCAGAAAACGAUACUACAGGAACAGCCUGAAGCUGUUGCAGACAGCUAUUGAUGCCUGGAAUGUGGAAAAGGUCAAGCCGAGCUUCAUUCUCCAACUUGGUGAUAUAAUCGAUGGCUUUAACAAAACGCACAACGCUUCCCAAAGCGCACUGGAUACUGUUCUGAGGGAAUGUAGCCGUGGCCCGCCAAUGCAUCACGUGUGGGGAAACCACGAAUUUUAUAAUUUUAGUAGAGACGCGCUCCUGUCAUCCGCACUGAACAGCAAAUGUCACUCAGGACAACUCUUGGAUAACCACGACUUUUACGCAUACCAUUUUAGCCCCGCCCCAAAGUUCCGCUUUGUUUUGAUUGACAGUUACGACAUGGGCAUCCUUGGCCAUGGCGAGUCCAGUGACAAGUACCAGCUAUCACUGAAGUAUAUGAAGAACCACAACAGCAACGAGGACCUUAACCGUCCGCCAGCAUUCGCAGGACCAGAGUUCAACGGAGGGUUCAGUCAAGACCAGCUGCAGUGGCUAGAUGAGGUGCUCACUAAAGCUGACAAGAUGCAGGAGAGGGUGACUAUCGCCACCCAUCUCCCUGUGCAUCCUCUGGCCACAGAGCCCCAGGCUCUGGCCUGGAACUACCCCGAGCUGCUGUCCCUGCUCCAGGCCCAUAGGAGUGUGGUGUGCUACAUGGCCGGCCACGACCACGACGGCGGGUACCAUCAGGACCCUGCCACGGGCGUCCACCACCUGACCCUGGAGGGCGUCAUAGAGACCCCACCAGACAGCCAGGCCUACGGGACGGUGUACGUGUACGAGGACCGCAUGGUAGUCAAGGGCAACGGGAGGAUGAGGGACCGAGAGCUGAUGUACCCUGAGGGACUGGCUGGAUAGAAUAGGACAUGAUGUGAUUUGAUCAGGGAGGAUGGGGGACCGAGAGAUGACGUACCCUGAGAGACUGGCUGGAUAGAACAGGACAUGAUGUGAUUUGAUCAGGGAGGAUGGGGGACCGCGUCAUGCAGUACCGUGAAAGACUGUGCUGGGAGAGAAGAUGGAGAGGGCAGCGUGUGACGUGACACGUAAACCUCAACAAGACGUGGACCCUAAGUCCAUAAAUGCAAUCAAAAAGAGGGUGAAGGGAAUGCUUCACUGGGUCGCCUAUACAAAUUUAGUUUUAAAAAAAUGAAAAAAAGAAAACACAAAAAACAGGGU